CGGAUUAGCAUUACCAAAUGUCCGGCAAUUUAUCAGGAACUGGUGGAAAGAAGGUCUGAUUUACGCAUCACAGUGGUUGGAGACAAGGUGUUUCCUGUUCGCAUUGACUCGCAGGCCCUCGAUGAGGAAAAAGAUCGCUUGGAUUGGAGACGGUGCCAAGAAAAGGAACACCUUUACACCAAAGUACAGGUACUGUUUUUUCCACUUACGCGUUUACCUCAAACGCCUGCGUGGAAGGCUAAGCUUUGGAUCGGUAAAGAUUGGUAGUAUGGUCACGGCACAUGCGUGACACACGUGACUCACGCACUAGAGAACCCAAGUUUGCUCUAAGGGAAAAAAACUUUGUAGUACCCGGCAUGGCAGCAGCGCAAAGCGUUUGCAAGAAAAGGGGAAGGGAGUUCCGCGCGCGAGAGAAGCACGAAAACCGCGCGAGGGGGCACCCACACAGGCUAGAGCAAAAAUGAAAUUAAAAGCCGGAGCUCUGAUUUAAAGCUGAUUAAUAUGAAAUGCAGCUCGUGACAUAAACUAAGCCAGUUGAUUGAUGCAUGGGAUAAAAAAAAGUUAUCUUGCAAUGUCUUCUCCAAUUUAGAAAAUUUAACAAUCCUAAAAUGACCAAUUGUCUCCCACGAAAUAAAAUGAGUUCAAAAAAGAGAUCAAAUGCCCUGUAGUUUUUUUACGUUUAUAUUUCUUUGGCCCAGUCGGUAUAUAAUGGCUUUAAAAAACGGCUUAAUAUCAAAACCUCUUAGUUCACAGCGUACAAUUGCAAUGUUAUACUGAAUUCCAUUGUCUCCUUACAGCUACCUGAAUCCUUCACAGACAAGCUACUACAAUUCCACAAAAGAGCUGGCCUGGUUUUCGCUGCGUACGACUUCUUAGAACGAGGAGACGAAUUCAUAUUUCUAGAGAGUAAUACAGAUCUCUCCGCCUGGCUGUGGUUGGAGGAAUUUGUUGGUAUAAAUGUGUCCGAGAACAUGGCACGCUAUCUCUUAGGAAUGGAAUAA